AUGGAUCACUCUCUGUUUGGUUGUCUACGUAGCCCUCAUGCCGUGGCCCAGGGUCUACACUCUGCCAUCACCCAAUCACCGCUGACCCUGCAUGGCCGGAGUGACCACGUCUCCUACCUGGAUCUACCCAGCUCCUCGCCUCCGUGUGGCUACGCUGGAGGAGAGGACAGUGGGGCGUUCGGCAGUGCAGCCCACCAAGGCCACCUGCCCCAUCCUCAACACCCACCCGGCUGGCCCGUUCCCCCACAGAUGCUCUCAUCAAACUUUCGGAACAACAUAUGCCUGCCACUGCUGGAGGCCACAGUCCCAGAACUGUGCUCAGAGGGCCCCAACAUGUGUGGCACCAACCCGGGUUUGGGCAGUGGUCACCUGACGGGGGCGUCAUAUGUGUCUGGGGAGUACGGCCGGCAGAGUCUGUCUCCACAGGAUCCGGUUAGAAGGAUCAGUAAAGGCAAGAAUAAUAGCUCUGCGUCCCAAGACAGAAGUUAUAAGUCAGACAUGAACGGCAAGCCCAGGAAGGAGCGCACAGCCUUCACCAAAGAACAGAUCCGGGAACUGGAGUCCGAGUUUGCACACCACAACUAUUUGACCAGACUGAGACGCUACGAAAUAGCUGUCAACCUCGACCUCACGGAACGACAAGUAAAGGUGUGGUUUCAGAACAGAAGGAUGAAGUGGAAGCGUGUGAAGGGAGGCCAGCAGGGGGCAACCGCACGGGAGAAGGAACUGGUGAACGUAAAGAAGGGGCGGUUACUGCCAUCAGAGUUGUCAGGAGUAGUGGGACUUCAGUGCUUGGCCAGUUCGCCGAGGCUGGCAACCGAGGAGGACAGUCACGACAGCGACCAGAGCUCAGAGCACCCCCGGCUAUGACCUUCCUUGGUCUUUCCUCUCCAACAGAAAUUGCUAUUGGACAGAAGAACCUGAAACAAAGGACACAUUGGUGACUUGCUGUGAGCAAACCCUCCCAACAGACAAUAAAAUGAGACUCCGAGAACAUU